UUUAUUAAUUUAUUUAAAAGAGGGAGAGAACCGGGGGGGAGAGAGCGAGCGAGAGAGAUGGUGUUGUUCUGCUUUCUGGUGGACCAGCGGCGGACGGUGAGGAGCAGCAAGCCGGCGGCGGGGAUCUGCUCGCGGUGCGGGGGAUGCGCCAGCGUCGCCGACAUGGUCACGGCCACCCGCUUCUGCUGCGUCCCCGUCUAUCGCCGCACCUGGCGGGCCAUCAUCUGUACCUUCUGCGGCGCCGUCCUCAAGUCCUACCGAUGAAAUAGAGAGAGAGAGAGAGAGAGAGAGAGAGAGAGAGAUUAUGAGCAAACGCUUUGCACCUUGCCACUGCCAGGCACCAAGUAUUUUGUUUUCUUACUCGCCUUUCCAGGGUGGCAUGGGUGGGGCAGGAUUGCUAGAUAUACGUACGUAUGUAGGUCCAUUAACAAAAGUCUUAUUCAUCA